CUCAGUUGUUAUAUGAGAUACGAAUUAGUUGAUUUCGGAGGGGAAUGGGCUGAUAAAUGUAACAAGAGAGUUAUGUGGGCUAGCAAACAAGUGAAAAAGAACGAGUUGACAAAGAAAUUAUUGAGGUUGCAAGAAUUUCAUCAUGAUUUUCAAAGACCAACUCGAACCAAAUUUAAAAGGCGUUGGAAGUCACCUAAAACGAGUAUGAUAUUAACCAAAUACUGA